AUGGCGCGCAACCGUGUCGCGCCGAGCUGGGAGGACCAUGACCAUUCAAAGUCUCUCCACGGCAUAGGCGGCUCGACGCCCAAGCCGAAAGUACCGAUACACGUGCCCCGGGUCGGUAGCGUACCUGGGCAGACAUCGCCUCCUCACUCACGCUCCCGCAAGCGUGCUUCGCCGCAUUGGCCUGCCUCUCGCCCAUCCCAUCACACCACCUUUAUCGACACCUUGCAUGACGACGAUAAUAGCGCUCGACGCUCACAGGGAUCGCUCGGCACAGCACGGCGGAGCAGCCUCCGCUCAUCCAAUGCCGGACUCACAUCGUCUACCUAUCCAAGAAAACAUUCGACUCCCGCUGAUGUCGAACCUCAAGUGUUCAUCGAUGUCGAAGCCACGUCAAAGCAGGAAAAGGGGAAGGCAAAAGCGCGAGACAUGCCGCCGCGCAUCACCCGCACUACACGAGGCAGGCUCUCGCACGAGGACGCCAUCCUUGUCGAAAGCGAUGACGACGUGGACGACGCAGACGAGGUACAACUUCUUCCAUCCAUCCCGUCCAGCCGAGAGAUCAAGCGAAAACUCGAUGGAACGGACGAGAGCUUGGCUUUGCAGGCCAAGGAGAGACGACGCAAAGGUGAGGCAUCCUUUUCUCAAGCUACGGCAUCCUCUGCUGCGCAUCCGGAAACGUUCUAUUCAAGGCAGAGCGACCGCCCUGUAACACGAAACCAUCGCCACCGUCCCGAUGGGCCGAUAGCACUCGAGGAGCCCAGCGACGGUCGAAGCAAUGACCGAAAGGCAUUGAUUCUGGUACGUAACAGCCCAGAUCUGGACCCUGUCAUUGGGUCAAGCCUCAACAUGAAGCACAAACCGCCAGCUUCGUCUCGAACCAAGAUGAUCGAUCGCAUGCAUAGAAAGAUGCCUUCGUCAAGUGCAGCGAGCACCUCUCAACGUCGGCCUUCCUCGUCCAUGGCUCCCUCGACCUCGCAGACCUCGCCUCGAACACAGCUGGCAAGUCCCACCCGCGAGCCGAGUGUCAAUGAACUCGUUGGCUCGUCUCGCGGCGCCAAACGCAUGAGGACCGAGGCCAGCCCGACAUCGCCCGGGUUGGACAAUUCUUCCAAAUCUUCAUCGCAGACAUUCGAGGUGCGCCUGCAAGCCAUCGUGGUCUCAGACAUGUGGAGAUCUCGUGAACGCGAUCACGCCGCCGUUUGGGUCAAUCCACAUUCCUUGCAAUGCGGCGUUGCUGUGAACCUCCGAGUCAAUAUUCGAUACAGCGACGUCUAUGAGGUGUUGACUAAUACACCUGACGUAAAAGAGUGUGGCAUCCUGUGCCUUACGUUGACGCCUGGAUGCGAGAGCGCAAGGGAGCUGCAAAAGUUGUUUCCCGACUUUGAUCCAUGCGCCUCUGGUGAUGCAGCUCAGAUCCAGAUGAUCGCUCGCGACUCCUCGUCGGAAGACCUAAGCGACUACGCUCGCGCAUCGGCGUCGAUCAUCAGAAGGCUACGUGAAGUAUCAAACGGGACUAUCCGGACUCGAUGGCUAGAUGAGCCUGGAGUGAGGAGUAAGGUCACUCUGUCGAAUCAUGUUAAGGAAUCUCCGUGGCCUGGCUCUGUCACUGUGUCCGCGCAGGGGCCGCAAGAGCCACAGCCGCGCAAGGUGCGCACCUUGAUCACUCCGGGCUCAGGUCGUUCGUCCGAGUCCUUCACACGAAGCCUCCAUCGUACCAACGUCAUGUACGAGUCAAAUGCACCGAAGAAGAAGACGUUCGAUCUUCAACCACCGUCUCCGAAAGCUUCAACGCCUUCCGGCCGCGCCCGCGACGCCUCACCCUCGCUUCCGUCCUUGACGGUUCCGAAAGCGAAAACCGCUGAAGUCGCACCUCCGAAGACGGAAGUCAAAAGGCCUCCCGUCUCGCACGAGGACGGAACCAUCCUCCAAUACCCAUACGAAGGCACCGGAGCCGUGUCACUGAGGCACUCAGACUUCGACAAGCUCCUGGACGGCGGGCUUCUGAACGACGUCGCCAUCGACUUCGGCAUCAAGGUCAUCCUCGCAGAGAUUCGUGCGAGGGAUCCCUUGCUGGCCGACAGUAUCUACGUCUUCAACACCUUUUUCUUCUCCAUCCUGAUGUCGGAUUCGGUAGAGAACAGCUACGCCAAGCUACGCCGAUGGACGGCCAAAGAAGACCUCUUCUCGAAGAAGUACAUUGUCAUCCCGGUCAACGAAAACUAUCACUGGUAUCUCGCCUUGAUCGUCAAUCCGGCGCACAUCCUCGCGGGCCAAGAUCGGGACAGCAACAGCGAGAAGGACAAGGACGAGGUGGCUGCCUCGCUGAUGCCGCCAUCACCAACGUCAAGACGGCAGUCACCAGACCUCGAGCAGGUCGCAGCCACUGAGCACGCAUCCCUCGAACCUGAGCCGCGUGUCGAAGAUAAGCCCGCCGCGAGCUCAGAGCCCGGCACACCACCUUUGCCAUCCACGAGUCUUCUGUCGCACACGGCCGACAACCAAUCUGAUCCCGCUCCCGUUCCUAUGGAUGUGGACACGGAACCGUGCGCCAACGGAUCAACGAAACGGAGCCCGGACCCUGCGAAUCUCGUUCAGACCUUAAUCAUCACCCUUGACAGUCUCGGACAAAGACACGCAAAGCUCGGCAACAGGCUGUUCGAAUACCUCUGGCGCGAAGCCUGGGACAAGAAGAAGCCACAUCUGUCAGCAUCAGCGCAACGAUCGAAGCCGGAACCAAAAAGAGAGGCAGAAGCCGAAGGCCAUGCCCAGGCGUCGCCAGCCCCGAAGGACAUUUCAAAGUUGCAAUUGGCUGCAAGCUCCACCGAUGCGUCCAAGAAUCAAGCAAGGGAGUUCCACGGAUCAAGAGACGAGAAAGCAGUGGCGGAAGUGGCGAGCAUGCGCUCUGUACCCGUGCAAGACAAGCGACACGCGAAUGGAGCCGCAGCUGCCAAGUUGACAGAAGCGGAAGCAUGGGGCAAAAGUCUGCCCAAGGCCGCGUACAUAAACGCCUCGGUACCGGAGCAGCCCAACUUCUGCGACUGCGGGAUCUAUCUCCUACACUAUGUUGAUCGCUUCUUUCGGGAUCCGGGGAAGCUGCUUGCGUCGAUCGUGAACGCCAGGAGCAGGAUCGCCGAGAACAACAAGGCUAAUCCUGCGAUGCGCAGAGAGGUAAGGAACCGGAUCGAGAAUCGCAUACGAGCUGAAUGGGAGGCAGGCGAGGUCAGCUCGAAGCGUGCCUACUGGCGGUCCAAAGUGUUCGAACUCUCAGAGGGAUGGGUUGCCCACCGGAAGAUGACAGAGGAGAAGGUGGCAAAGAGCGAGGAAGACGAGGCGAUGGCGGCGAGCGAUGUGACAGAUGCGGCUGUCGCGCCUCAGCAAGUGCCACCGUCGACAGUAGAGGAGCAGGUCGAAGACACGCCGAUGCCUGACGUGGAGCAAGCAGUCCACGUCGUAGGGCAAUCGAACCCUGCGGAGGACUCGACCGCCGAGCAAGAUUCACGACCGUUGGAGCAAGAGACCGCGAAGGGUCUUGGCAUCGAAGGCGCUUCUCAAGACGAGAUCGAGCGCUCCGUGCACAACUGCGCACGCGGGAAAGAUAUCAAUGAGAAGGCCUUCGUCGAGAACGUCCUUGACCAAGCGUUGGCCAAGCAGACGGGCCCGCUGUCGCUUGAACAUCUCGGCGAGCCACAGCGAGAGGACCUCGAGCACGAGCAGAGGUCUGCGUCCGAUCGGAUCCAAGAUCUGAAUCUCAAUGCUCGCACCUUCCCGCUCUCGACCAUCGCCGAUGGUCGAACGCCGAUACCGAUGGAUGAUUCGGCCGAUUCGGCCGACUCGAGAACACAGGCUCCGGCUCAAGAAGGGUCGACUAAGGCCUCGCCUACGCUUUCGGCUUCGUCGUCGAUCUCGCGCCGUCGUGGAGAAGACGAGCAGGAGCAGCGGGAGCAGGAGCAGGAGCAGGGCCAGCGCCAGCCGCAGUCUCGCGAGAUGCCGUCUCCCUUUGGCGCCACGAUGCUCCCGUCGAUACCUUCGAGCUGGCCGGAUCGUCCUCCUCCGCUCUCAUUCGGCAGCAGCAAGAAUCACCUCAGGUGGUCGCAGGAAGCUGAGGACUUGGCAGACAGUCGUAGCAGAGAUUCGGGCGGUAGCACCGAUGUGGAUCAGGGUAGUGGCGUCAGUCGGUCACCAUCUUCAUCUGUCGACGUUGAAGUGUUGUGA